AUGCAUCCCAGGAUAAGAAAAUUUGCCAUGUACAUUCUGUCCAUCAUCUUGCUUGCGUGCCUGGUCUAUUUAAAGAGAGACACCAAGUCGGUUGUGUCUACAGCAGCAAGAAAAAUGCACAAGUCACAUCAAAAGCAUCCUUUCUGGCUUCCUGAGCAGGUGGAGUCUAGCAAAUGCAUGCCUGACCUUACUGUUGCCAAUUCCUCUGCCUCCCUCCCCGAGGUUCACCGCGUCUUCUUGACAUACAAGCACUGCCGGAACUUCUCAACUUUACUGAAGCCCACCGGAUGUGAUGCCGACACGUUCCUACUUCUCGCUAUCAAAUCUGCCCCUAUCAACAUAGAUCGCCGGGUGACCAUCAGGAACACCUGGGGGAAGGAAACCGUCAUUGGGGGCAAAUCAGUGAAGCUGCUGUUCUUGCUCGGUCGCUCGGAGGUCAAAGUUCAGGCUCACUCCCUCCAGCAGCUUCUGGUGUACGAAAGUCAGGAAUUUGAUGAUAUCGUCCAGUGGGAUUUUCUCGAUAACUUCUUCAACUUGACGCUCAAGGAACUGCAUUUCCUUCGAUGGUUCGCCACCGAUUGUUCCCAGGCCAGCUUUGUGCUGAAAGGGGAUGAUGACGUGUUUGUGAACACUUACAAUAUUGUGGAGUUCCUGAAAGACCUGGACCCUCAGAAGGAUCUUCUCGCUGGGGAUGUCAUCAGCAAAGCUCGGCCAAUAAGAAACACCAACACCAAGUAUUUUAUACCAGAAUCGAUGUACCGGCAUGCCUUCUACCCUCUCUAUGCCGGUGGUGGUGGCUACGUCAUGUCCCAGACAACAGUGCGGCGGCUGCAAUUGACAGUCGAGGACACGGAGCUCUUCCCGAUAGAUGAUGUCUUUGUUGGGAUGUGCUUGGCAAAAAUGGGGAUGACCCCAGUUCACCACACCGGCUUUAAGACCUUUGGAAUCCAGAGGCCCUUUAAUCCGUUUGAUCCCUGUCUGUACAAAGAAUUGAUGAUUGUACACAAACUGAGCCCAACGGAGAUGUGGGUCAUGUGGACGUUGAUGAAAGACGGCGGCCUUAGAUGUGCCAUGUCAGUAACUCACAAAUGA